CCCGCCGUGCGGCGGCGCGGCCGCCUCAGCCGGCUCGGCUUGAGCGCCGCCCGCGGUUCGGGCUCGGCGUCCGGUGCGAUGGAGGCGGAAAGGCUGAUGGUGCUGUUCGGGGACGACUCGGUGGAGGUGCACUACGCCGGGGGGUCCCGCUUGCUGCUGUCUCCUUGCGGCUCGGAGUAUCUGUACGAAGCGGCGCUCCCCGCGGCCGCCCACCCGCUCCAGCCGGCGGUGACCACCCGCCAGCGGGUCGCCUUCGUCGUCAGUGCCUACCGGGAGCAACUUCUACGAGCGCUAGAUUUCCGGAAUGCGUUUUCUUCUCGCCCUUACUUGCCUUCACGUGUUAUACCUCCGGAAAGAAAAAAGAUUCUUCUUAGUGAUACCUUAGAAAUUAAAUGGCCUGACCCUGCUACAGCUGAUCUGACAAGAUGUUUAGACAAUGGCAGUGUGAAGAUCUCAUCUGUAGAUGGCUGUGCUCACCUUUACUUGUCAGAAUUGCAGCAAGAAUUUACAGUGGAGUUCUUAUGCAAAGUCAGCCAGUCAUCUGCAGCAUACUCAUGCUCCUCUGAAAAGAACAGCAACUAUCAAAGCAGAGAUCAGUGUGGAAAACCAAGUAAAAAUUAUGCUGCAGAAAAAUCAAGAAUAAACGGUAAGAAUAAACAUGUUUGUGCUGAAGGAAAAUACCGGGAACCAACAAAACCAAAGGACAAAGGAGAUGGAGUCCCUUUGUUCCGCACAAAUUGUUCUUCUGAAUACACGUGGGUUACACAGCGCUGGACUAUUUCCUCCUGCCCAGAAGAAUGGAAAUACCCUUUGUCCUUGGCACUGAAGUGCUGUAACUUACAUACUGUGAAGAAUGUAAUGAAGACAUAUGAGAAAAACAGCUGUACAGCUGUUGAAAGUGAUGUUUUAGCAGACCCUGAAACACAUGAAACAGUUUCUCAUUUACCUACAGCUUUGCCACUCAGCUGCAGAGCCCCACAUUUACACAGGUGGACUUUCUGUGACUUCUUUCAGAAUGAAGAUACGGAGAAGUAUUCAUUCCCUCAGCUAAUUCACGUUGUGUGGUGCCAGGGUGUUUUCUACAGAUUUAUCCAUGGUAAGACAAACAUCACAGAAAUUUAUCCUGGUGAUGACUCAUUUUUCAAGUCAGAGGGAGCAUUUUUGGGAAAAUAUUUCGUACGUUAUACAAUCCAAAAAGGAACAAAAAAGGUGGAAGAAAAGAUGUAUUCAGUGAACAGCUUGCCUCCUGAUGUGUCAGGAAAUCCAUACUCUAUAUCCUCAAUUAUUACUCAGGCAACCAAAAUACUUCAGUAUUGCUGCAAAACAAAACUGUCAUUAAAUCAUAAUUAUUAUCUUUGCUGCUGGAAAGUGGUACCUGAGGCAGAUGGACGAGAAAUGUUGCCAGUUUUGCUGCAUGAAAAGGUUAUUCCCAGUGUAGGAAGACUGGUUGUGUACUCAGAUCAUAAAGUCCAUGCUGGAUUUUGGGAUGGGACAACCCUGACUAUGGUUUGGGAUUUCAGCUCUUCCUGUAGUGAGAUCCAGAUAAAUGAAGAUGUAGGCUGGUGUAAGUUAUCUACUCCUAAUGGGCUACAGCAGCUAAUACAGAUAAGUCAUCCUGGAGUCUAUGAAAGGUACAUCAGAACAGCAAUAGAAUGGUGCAGAAGUUUGAAUGAAAUGAAAGAGAUUCCUGAAUAUACUGCACACCCUGUAACUCAAGAAAAUUGGUCUGCUGAUGCUGAGCUCGAAAAAAUACAGAGAUUUAAUUUUUUAUUAGACAAUAGCAACAUUUUGAGAAGGACAUCUGCUGAAAAAUCCAAUCCAUCUGGUAUCACUGUCAGAAAAAAUGAAAACAGGAGUGAGACGGAAGAACUCAGCGAAGGUUGCGUCUUGGAGGCUUUGGAAAAAACUUCUAAAGUCAUUCAGGAUAUUGAAUCUUUGCUUGCUGCUUCUGGGAAGUGAAGCCCACGGGCACAUGAAGCCUGCGGGCACACGAAGCCCUGUGUUCUGUGUCUUCACCAGCUGUGCCUGAGGAGGCUCUGAGGGGAGAGAGGAAUGAACGCUGAAGCCAGAGGCACAAGUGUAUUCCUGGUCAAGUCUGCCAGGUGCCAGUGUAAUAUCAUUUAUAACGCCAGUGGUAUAUUUGGUAUAGGCAAAGAGAACAGCUGAGAUAAUAGAGCACUGCUGUGUAAAUACAUCAGGCCUGACCGGACAGUGCUGCUUUUAAAUGUAUGAAUGUGUUUUCGAAUGAACUUGAUUGAUGGAUCGCUGCUGAAGUGACCAGGGUAGAGGUGGGAAGUUUUAACUGUAAAAACGUGCUUUUAUUCAGAUGCUUACACCAAGAUAAUACCGAAUAAAAUGUCUCCCAAACGCUUUUUUUUAGUAAAUAAAUACUAAUUUCAGGGUAGGA